AUGAGUGAUCUCACCAAGGAAUAUGUUGCCAAAAUGUUCCAUGACUUGACAACUCAAAUCCAACAGCAAAAUACUCAGGUUGUGUCGCAGAUAAGCGAACUGAAAAACGAACUUACAAACUAUAAGAGACAUAUAGAUGAUAGUAUACAUGAUCUCAAGGCAGAAAACGAAGCAUUAAGACACGAGACCAAGACAUUGAAGGAUAGACUACUACAAACAGAACGCAAGGCGAAGGAAUACAAUCUGAUAGUGUACAACCUACCGGGGACGAACCCUAGCAGUGAAGUUAUAAAACUAUUUCGUGACAAGCUAAACGUCAAUUGUCGUGAAGAAGACCUGAGUGACACUUAUAGAUUCAAUUCCAAAAGUGCAAACGGAAAGCCUGAACCAAUACUUGUAGAAUUUAUUUCAAAUAAUCUUAAAACCAAAGUUUUAGGGGAAGCUAAAAAAUUAAAAAAUACUGGAAUAUAUAUUUCCCUUGAUUACACACCAGAGGACUUCCAAAUAAAGAAAGCUCUCUACUCCUACCAAAGGACUGCCAGAGAUAAAGGCCAUACAGCCAGCAUUAAAGGACAAACAUUGGUGAUCGCAGGGGUUCCCUACACUCUAGAAGCACUCAUAUCAAACAACCCUGAGGCCGAAGCGGCCAAUAACGUGUUCACAGGCAAGUCGGAAACAGAGAACUCAGUUUUUAAGGAAGAAACUAAAAAUCGUAUGCUAGGUAAUCAACAUCAAGCGGAAGAACCUCAACCGAGGAAACAAAAGUAUCUUAGAUCCUCGUCUACCAUUAACAAACAAAAAUAA